UAGAGAUGCCUACCUCCCACCCUGCAGGUGGUGUAUGUUAAAGCAUAAAUGCACAGCAUGCGCACUGCUAUUCGUCUUAUCUGUACAUUGCCUUUUAUUUAUUCCAAUACCAGUAAUUGGACUUUAUCAAGAAUUUCUGAAUCUCUCUGAUGAUGGCCGGUCUGCUUCAAAAAGAGGAUUUCGAUGAGCUGUUGAAAUGGAUUGGGGGACGGAGGAAGUUCCGACUGUUGUACAAGAUCACCAGGGACGGAUGUUCGGCGCUCAACUUCCACUCCAAGUGUGACGGCAAGGGAAUGACUGUCACGGUGCUCUGUAACCCCAGCGACACGGUGUACGGGGGAUUCACCUCCCAGAGUUGGACCAGUGCUGGAGGAGCUUACCUCUCGGACCCAAAGGCUUUUCUGUUUCAACUCAAGUUCAACGGAAAAUCUUCUUAUAACCAGUUCCCGAUAAAACCUGAAAAAAUUGCCAAUGCAGUACACUGUAAUUCGGGUUAUGGCCCAAUAUUUGGAGGUGGUCAUGAUCUUACUACAUUUUCAGGAAAUUUGACCGCUAGUAACGGAGUAUUUACCUUAAAUGGUAGCUGUGCCCUCAAUACUACCUACAACAUGAAAGGAACAGACUACAAUGCGUUUGCCAAUGGGAACUUGCAAGUAAAAGAGAUGGAGGUUUACCAAGUGGAUGAUUGCGACAUGAACGAUCCUUUAGAAAUUCCCUGGAGAAGAACCCCGGAAUGGACAACAAGGCUGAUGCAAGAGCUAAAAGAAGAAAUAGAAAACUACAAGCCCCUGGAACAGCUCAAGAUCCAGCAGACGAAGAUCCUGUUGAUUGGUCAGAUCGGGGCGGGAAAGUCCAGCUUCUUUAACACGAUCAACUCCAUCUUCCGGGGCUACGUCACAAGUCAGGCGUGCAGCGGUACAGCGGAACACAGCCUGACCACACAGUAUCGGUCGUACCAGGUUAGGAAUUGUCCCUCUGGGAAGCCUCUCAACUUCCGGUUGUGUGAUACACGUGGUCUAGAGGAGGGGCAGGGAAUUGAAGCCCAGGAUGUGUGUUAUAUCUUGGAUGGCAAUACCCCAGACAAAUACGUGUUCAAUCCCUCGCUUCCACUGAGCUCAGAUAUCACAGGAUUCGUCAAGGCCCCCAAACUGAAGGACCGGAUUCACUGUGUGGCCUUCGUUCUGGACGCUUCCUCUGUUGACGUCAUGUCAGAGAAAAUUCUGGAGAAAAUCAGAAAGCUCCAGAUAGCGAUGAACCAAAGAGGUCUUCCUCAAGUUGUUUUACUGACUAAGAUUGAUAAGAUAUCCGCGUCUUUGCAAGAUGACGUAGGACUGACGUACUACAUUCCCACAGUCCAAGAGCACGUGGAUAAAGUGGCGGCGAUGAUUGGUCUUCCUAGAUCACACGUGAUCCCCGUCAAGAACUACGAGAGCGAGCGAGAACUCAACGACAACAUUAACAUACUGAAUCUGUUGGCCAUGCAGCAGAUUCUGCACUUUGCAGACGACUUCCUGUACAAUUACCUUGAUGACCUGGACGAAGAACAAAUAAGCACUGCCGACUAGGCAUAACAAGUUCUGACGUCAUCAUCGUUGAUACAACGGGUGUAGCAUACACGUAAAAGGAACAUUAUGUAUACACCAGCUUCUUAUUAGUUCGUUUCGCUCAGUCAUUCAUAGAUAUAUAUUUUGAUACAUUCUUACUCAAGUCUGCAUGAAACAUAAUUUAGAAGGUUUCAUCUUUCAAAUAGUUGGCUUGGAUCCGUAAUCAUGACCAAUCAAAACGUUCAGGUGUCUGGAAAGCCUUUCUUGCUAAAAUGGUGUUUUAUUUUAUAUAAUAUCAUGGAUACACGAUAUUGUUGGGUACUAGUAUAACAGGCUUAUGAGCCACGGUUGUGUUCAAAGUUUAAAUGAAUCAAACUGAAAAUAGAUAAAUACUAUAUAUUAAUGAAAUAUCAAAUCGAUACUAUUUAUUAUAUGCUUUUCUGUAUGCACAAAAAAUGUGUUUGUCUUAUUAACAUUGAAUUAUUAGAUGCUACACGUCAAUUAAACUACGUGUACAUGCCUUUGAAA